AUGGAGGAUCGCGGGUCCCCCCAUGGGAAUUCCAAGCAGAACCUGGGGCAGGGGCCAGAAAGAACAGAAGCACCCAUCCAGGUAGUGCUCAGGGUGCGUCCCAUGAGCUCGGCAGAGCUGCGGCGAGGGGAACAGAGCGUGCUGCACUGCUCAGGAUGCCGGACUCUACAGGUGAGUCCCCCAGGAGGGGCCCCAGAUGUGGCCUUCCGCUUUGGAGCUGUGCUGGACGGGGCAAAAACCCAGGAGGAAGUGUUCAGAGCCUGUGGUGUGCAGCGUCUGGGUGAGCUGGCCCUGCAAGGCUUCUCCUGCACCAUCUUCACUUUUGGCCAGACGGGUUCUGGGAAGACUUACACUCUGACAGGCCCUCCUCCCCAGGAGGAGGGGGUGCCUGUGCCCCCCAGUCUAGCAGGCAUUAUGCAAAGGACCUUUACCUGGCUUCUGGACCAUGUGCAGCACCUGGGGGGCCCGGUCACCAUGCGAGCUUCAUACCUGGAGAUCUACAAUGAGCAGGUUCGUGAUUUGCUGAGCCGAGGGGGUCCCCGGGCCCUCCCUGUUCGCUGGAGCAAGACUCGAGGCUUCUAUGUGGAGCAGCUGCAGGUGGUGGAGUUUGGGAGCCUGGGCGCCCUGAUGGAACUUCUACACAUGGGUCUGUGCCGCAGGAGAAGAUCUGCCCACACCCUGAACCAGGCAUCCAGCCGAAGCCACGCUCUGCUCACACUCUACAUCAGCCGCCAAACUGCCCAACAGAUGGCACCUGUGGACCCUGGAGAACCUCCCCCAGGGGGCAAGCUAUGCUUUGUAGACUUGGCUGGCAGUGAGAAGGUGUCAGCCACAGGGUCUCGUGGGGAACUCAUGCUUGAAGCCACCAGCAUCAAUCGCAGCCUGCUGGCCCUGGGUCACUGUAUAUCCCUGUUACUGGACCCUCAGAAGAAGCAGAGCCACAUCCCCUUUCGGGACAGCAAGCUCACCAAGCUGCUGGCGGAGUCGCUGGGGGGUCGAGGGGUCACCCUCAUGGUGGCCUGCGUGUCCCCCUCGGCCAACUGCCUCCCUGAGACUCUCAGCACCCUGCGUUAUGCCAGCCGAGCUCAGCGGGUCACCACACGGCCAUUGGUGCCCAAGUCCUCAGUGGCCAAGCCUCCACGAUUGGAGGCUGAGAUACUGCAGCUUCAGGAAGAGAACCGUUGCCUGAGGUCCCAACUAGGCCGAAUGGACACCAAAGCCUCGGAGCUCAGUGGGCCCCGGGCAGCCUGGGCACAGCGGAACCUGUAUGGAAUGCUGCAGGAGUUCAUGCUGGAGAAUGAAAAGCUCAGGAAAGAAAAGAACCAGCUGCAGAGCAGCCGGGAUCUGGCCCGGAAGGAGCAGCGUGUCCUUGAACAGCAGGUCCGCACCUUGGAGCGUCGACUCCUCACUGCCUGCUGCCUUCACCAAGCUGACCUUAGCCCAGCACCCCUGUGUUCCUGUGUGAUGGGGAAUCCUCCUUACUGCCAUGUUCUGCCCCCACUCUGCUCCUGCUGCCACUUCUGCCCUCUCUGCCGAGUCCCGCUGGCCCACAGGACCUGCCCACGGAAGGAGGGCCCAAUGCAUCAGGAAUCUGACCCAAAGACCCCGAGCCACAUGUCUCUGUCUGCUCGACCACCACCCUUGGUGCCCCCAGCUAACCCUUGCCCUGUCAUGUGCAAGCGAGAGAGGGGUCACAACGAAUGGAUUCAGACCCGUGUCCUGGCUGAGAUGCUAACUGAGGAGGAGGAGGUGGUGGUACCCUCCGCACCCCCACUGCCCAUGAGGGCCCCGAAUCCACCGCCAGUGUCCAGAGGUGGACCUGCAGUUCCAAACCUUGCCCGGAAACUCGAGGCCCUCAAGGACCAGAUCGGAAGCUCCCUGCGACGGGGCCGGAGUCAGGCCCCAGCCACCCAAAGCACAGCUAGCUGA